AUGUUAGGAUUUCGGAAUUGAAACCCGUCUCCGUGUACGAUGAAGAGGCUGAAGAGGAGAUCCUGCUUUAUCUACCAGCGAUAAUAGUGUUUUGAUUUUGAUCCAUUCAUAAGCUUGAAAACAAUUAGCUACACGCUCGAAUAUCAAUGGCUUUUAGGACGAGAUCAUAAGUUUUGCGAGACAAGUUAAAAAAAUUAAAGUGCGGCUCGCGUAAACUAUAUAACUAGAAUAAAAUACAAAUUUCAAUACGCUCAAACCACUGUGACUCCGAUCAACGUAGUCGUCGCGAUUUUUUCGUUUCGUUUUGCUGCUGUCAAAGUCUCUCUCGUGCAAUUUUCUUAUUGGAUCGACGACGACGAGAAAGCAGUCAGUCAGUCAGGCAGCUAGCGAAAAAUGUGCUUUUAGUUGAAAAUGAAGAAAAUUAAUGAAAAUGAUGUUCUUUCUAGCCAGAAAACCAGUUGAAAAUAGUGAAUUAGUCGAGUGAAAUGAUGGACAUUUUGUGAAACAUCGGAAGAAUGCUUCAAGUGAUGUAAAAAACGCAGUGUAGAAAGAGGAAAAAAUUUCCAGAGCUCACAAGAAUUGCUCAUCGGUGGGGCUCAAAAAAGUUCCUUCAGAUAGGGAAGUAAAGCAACACGGGGCCCCAUGGAUACUACGUCAGCAGCAGCAGCUCUAAAUCCAGGAGAAGGAUCGAACUUUGGUGUGGUUCACGUCAAACAGGAGCCCGGAUUCAGUGGCGAAUCUUCCCCAGGGCCCGAGGGAUCGAUAGGCACCGAUGGCGGCGAUGGGGCGCGAACCAUCCGGAAAAUUACGGUGCUGGAUCCGUUGAAGCUGAAGCUGCUCAGCCGACAGAACCAUAACAAGUUGCUGUCCGGGUUGAAUGCAGCCAAAGCAAAAGCGCAACCUCCUGCUCCUAAACCACCACCUCUAGCAGCACCGUCGUCAAGUGCAUCAACAGUGACCGAAAAAGAAACUCCGUCAGAAGUGAUAGCCACCGACAGGACUGUAGAAGCAGAAUCGGAACCGUUACGACCCGAUGUUGAGGAACCUCCAAAGCAAACAUCUUCAACUUCGUCGGCACCACCCAAAACAGGGGCAGGAGGAGGCUCUACACUGUUCAGGAGGAAGAAGGUAGUACCAGUGGCCAUAGCACGUAAGCUAGCUCAAAAAGAAAAGACUAAACCCGCACCAAAACAGUGUGAAGAAAAAACUCCCCCGGCGACAUCACCUACGGAUGCAUCACCAGUUCAAUGUGAACCUGUUCUACCAGAGCCGGUUGAGCAGGUACCUCAACAACCUGAAUCUGCUCCUGUAGAACCCAAACCGGUCGAACCUGAAUCUUCUCAACACGAAGCAAAAGAACCAGCAGCGUCUUCAGAACCCAACCCGGUGGAGCAAACCGAGACCAGAGAGAAACCAGUGGCUAGCCCACCACCUCUCGUUCUGGUGAAACGUGAACCGUCAGAUCUGGUGACACGUCCGACGGCAUUCCGCAGAAUCAAACCAAAGGUUGCAAUCUGUCUCAAUCCAAGCCGUCCGAAGAAGUCAAUUCUCAAAAAGACCACUUCUGCGGACAAAUUGCUCCCGGCGGGAUCGAACGAGCCGAGCAAAUCUUUCAAGGAUUUGAUUCCAGAGGAGACGAUUGUGCUGGACGAUGAUGAUGAGGAAGACAACGAGCAGCACACGCCAAGCGUUACGGUUGAAGAGGCUGAUCAUACAGGAAAGUCGGAGGUCCAGCGAACGCAGCAAGAGGAAGCAGAACGUAUGGCUGAGGAGGAAACGCGACGAAUAGCGGAGGAGCAACGUCAAAAGGAUGCUGAAGAUCAGAGAAGGAUAGAGGAAGGGGCUAGGAGAAAGGCUGAAGAACAGCGUAGGAUAUUAGCGGAACAGAAGAAACGAGAAGAGGAAGAAAAGCGACGAAUAGCGGAAGAUCAACGGAGAGCUGAAGAAGAGGCUAAAAAAGUGGCUGAAGAACAGUGCAGAAUACAAGAAGAAAUGAAGAAACGAGAAGAAGAACAGCGACAGAAGCUAGAACAACUACGAAUACAAGAAGAACAGCGGAAAGUUGCAGAGGAACAAAAGCGGUUGGAAAUGCUCGAGCAGGAGGAGAAAGCCAAACGUGUGGAACCAGAGAAACCCGCAGCUGAAAGUAGGAAAACCAUGAAAAUACCGCCGGAAAUUUGGAAACGACAAAUGGAGAGGAUGAAAAACAACCCGAACCGACAGCAUAGUACGGUGCCGGCAAUUCCACAGUCGAAUGCGGAACCAUCGCAAUCUCAACACACGAUCACAUCGGAUCCUGUUAAUGUUAAAACAUCCAAUGUGGUCGAGCAGGAGCCUGUUAGUGUUGUAGCUCCUGCUGUAAAUCAAGAAAGAGCUAACCAAAUCAGUGAGAAGCCUGCUGUGCAGGUGACUCCAAAUCCUACUAAAGAAAUCCGACGAAUAUCUCGGCUUCCUCCCAGUUUGGCAAUGAAGCUGAUGAACUGUGUCGCUUUGAAGCCUUCCAGGAACAAAAUAGAGGAGAAGGCUGCACCGUCUGUAAAACCCUCACAGAAUAAAACAGAAACAUCGCAUGCAACGAAAGAAGUACCAUCAUCGGCACCAGCAGUAGUUUCACAAACUGCAAUUAGGCGAAUAUCCGGGCUUUCACCGAGUGCGAGUAUGACGCCAAUAAAAACUGCUGAAGCGAUGCAACAGGAAGUCCAGGAAACGACAGCCGAUAAACAGCAGCAGUCAAUUGUACCUGAGAGCGCGGUCGCAAAUGUUGAGAGAACCGAAAAGACUGAACCGGUGGAGCGUACUGUGAUAUCUAACAAGCCGGCGCCGACGAAAGAGAUUAAACGGAUAGCACUUCCGCCAGAUAUUGCUUUGAAGUUGUUAGGAGCAGUUAGUAGAAAUAAACCGGUGGUUGUGACAUCCACGGCCGGAACAGUUGAUCCAGCGAAAAAUGUUGCAUCUAAACCUGCAACGAUCGCUGAAAAGCCUGCGGUCGCUGAACCCGAGUCGUCGAACCCUACUGUAACGGCCGCUGCUCCCAUCGUUGUUCCUCCAAUAAAGCAAACAACAAUUCAGAGUGGUACAAAUGCUCCGAAAGAAAUCCGUCGAAUAUCACAACUGCCUCCCAAUGUCGCGAUGAGGCUGGUGGAUUCUUUGAAACAGAAAGGAAUAACUGUACCAAAGUUGUGUCUUAAGAAGGAUACUCCUACCAUCGAACCAGUUAGUGUAGCUGCAUCAGAUGUACAACUUCCCAGUGAACCAUCGACACCGUCUUCCGUGGCAUCGGUGCCGGAAAUUAAGGUGGAACCACAGGAGCAGCCAACCAAAUCCAAAGGAAAGGUGGAAAUCUUGUCACAGGUUAUUUUGCCUACGGCAUCCUACAAUCUGGAGGAGCUAUUGGCUGGCAAAUCAACUGAAGGCUUUGCGCCAUCCUGUGCGAUGCCUCUUCCGUUACCCAUGCACAAAGGAAGAAGGCAAGCGGCUCCUGUCCCUAUUGCGCCAGUUCCUACAUCAAUUCAUAGUGAGCCGAUACAGCAUAGUCAAGUCUCUUUACCUGUACAACAGCCUAGCAAACCAGAGACUCCUGCACCGGUUACAGCGGUACCAUCGCCGAUUCCAGAUCUUCCGGUUGCAAUGGCAGAAAAUGAUAUCGCUUCUGAAGUCACUGUCACAACGGAGAAUGAAGAUAUCCCAAAUCCAUCGCAUGAAAAAUUCGACGAAUACAUUAUUUCCUAUUCAGAUUGUGAGGGAGCUCCAGUGCAAUAUGAUCCAUCAAAAAGCGCCCAACAGCAAAAUAAGGAAGAAAUCCCACCUGAGCCGAAUGUUACUUUUGUUUCCUCAAACGCUCCUACUGUUAUGUCGCAUCAAUAUUCCGUUACGUACUCAGCGAAUUCACACCAGCAACUUCAUCGGCCAAACGUUCAAGCUCCGAUAGUAAUUCAACAACCAGCAAACGUUUCCAGUUAUCAGCCACGCCCCGUCGCCUAUUUCACCAAGGUAUCCAACAAUACACAACGACCUUCCCCUCAACCAACACCCGUAACAUAUCAUCCACAGUUUACGGUGUUAUCACAGCCCGGAAUGAACCCUACCCGCAUGAUAUCCCAGCGAAUGAUCAUCAAUCCAGCAGCCAGCAUGCAAAGUGGCCAAAGACCUCGGUAUCCAACAGCUCAGUUUGUUGUGCUACGCCACCCCACUCCAAUCAGAGGACAGUUAGUUGCUCAAACUCAACUUCGGCAGGAACAUCCACAGCCUGUGCCGCAACAAUCGCAACAGCAUCUAACUGUCCCUAGAGAAACCUAUUAUCAUCGCUUGCCAAUAGUCAACCAGAAUCAGCCUUCAGUUAUUGUACCAACGCCGCGAUACGUUAUCCCCAAACAGUACCCUCAAAUUCAAAUGGCUCGUCCUCCGCGUCCGCAGCGUCCUUCCGUAGACAUCGCCCAAAAUCAAAGCAAAGCAUUCCAACCUGUUCAACAAUCGCAACCGACCACCGCAUUCUCCAUCGCUCAACCUGUACAACAGCAACGUGUAAUUCCGAAGAUCGUCAUCGACAGCAGCUACGUGGAUCAGCAAGAACGAGGGACUCCAGCUUCUUCAAACACUCCACCUCUUCAAGAUCAAUGGAAAACACAGAAUACGGCACCCUGUUCGGAAGAGAUCAGGAACAAACUCCGGGACAAAUUGAAGUCUCGAAUGCUGCAACAAAGUGCCAAAUCAGGAAGCCCAACUGUGGAAACCCCACCGCCAAACCCACUAUCAACGCCUUCAUCAGCGGCUCCCAAAGCCUCACCAGCAAAAACUCCGGUUGGACCUCCUACAAUACCCGUUCGUAACACCGUAGUUUACCAUCCGCAAGACUUCCAGCAACGCAUUCGUUCACAACAAGCGCAACCACCCAAACCGGUAGAUACUCGCAUCAUCAAGCAGUACAUAUGUCAGGGAAGGAAAAUUUACCUCACCAAAAUCAGUGUCACAAAACCCACACAGGCCAGUUCCUCGAACGUUCAGCAGACAGAGCCACCUCAGCAGUUCCUACAGUAUCGGCAGCCCCAAACGGACACGGGCUUUCAUGGUUUCCCACAGGCAGCGAUAAAAUGCGAUCAACGCAAUUUCCAGCAGUUCAACGAAACGGUUCAGCAGUUGGAGCGGAGGAAAGUUCCAGAACCUUCGGAUGAAAGCGGGAUGAUUGAAAUUCAGAAUAUCCAGAAAAUUCGUGCCAAGAUGCGAAAUCGGAAACCGAGUGUGGUGACGGCUGUAACAACACACGGCUUGAAAGGAGAAACUUUCAUCAUUACGGAACUGAACGAUCCGUCGCUGCAUCCAAUGGAGAUGCAUUCACCGGAAGUGAAGCAAGAAGUUCCGCUACAACAUCCUCCUAGAAUCACCAGACGAAGAAAUACCUUUGUAGUGGAUGAUUCGGAUGGAGACGUUCAAACCGAUCAGUUACCACAGGUGGAAAUGACUAGUCAGGAUGAUAGCCAACAGGAUGAUAAACCAUCUGAAAUGGAACUCAAGGUGGAAGUCGAGAAUGAGGAAAAGGAACCGGUAACGAACGCGGAACGAUUAGCAUUCGAUCGGUGUAUGAAGGAAGAGGUACCAUCUGGAUCCGAAUCCAGCCAGGCUGACGAAGAUCUGGCACGGGAGAUUUUGGCUCUGGUGGAAAACGAACGCAAGGCUUUGCGCGCUGGGCCAACGGUGAAGAAAGUCAAGAAGCGAAGAAAGCGACGUAAAAGGCACAAGAAGAAAAGUGAUGGCAAUGAGGAGUUGAUGGAUCUCUUGAUGAAGCAUGUCAAUCAGGAGUCGUUAAUUGCGGAUAUCGUGGCCUCGCAGCAGAAGAAAUUGCCUGUCAUUGAGCUAUCGGAUACGGAUGAGAAUGAUGAGGAUAGAACAGUGCAGAGGAGAGUGACCUGCAAGGAUGUUCGAGUGAAGCCAGAUCCUGAUGCGGAAACAAUCGGCGAUAGGAAAACAUCGUGUACGAGUGACUUCGAGGAAUCUGAGACGAAUGACAUUUUUGCCGAGAUUUUGAAACCGUUUGUCGAGGAAGAGGAACAUGCGGUUGGAUCGGAAAGAGUUGUGGUGGAAGAAACGCCGCAGAAAGUUGUCUCAGGUAAACCGAUGGCUGAGUCGGAUAAAGCAUGUGCAAAGGAAAUAGCUGGUUCAGAUGAGAUUCUAAGUACGCUUGUCGAAAAAGAGAAACAGGCGGUUAGCCUUAAAAGCGUAGCGACUCAAGAAUCGUUGCAGAAUGCUGUUCCAUGGGAAUCAGAGGAUGCAUGUCCAGAGAAGCCGUCAGCACCAGCGCAGAAAGCUACUUCAGAUGACAUUUUGAAAUCGAUUGUCGAGGAAGUGAAACAGUCGAAUGAAGCGGAAGCUGUUCCUGAGAAACCGGCACAAAAAUCGGAUGAAGCAUGUCGAGAAGCGCCGAGAGUACUGGCGGAUGAAGUUAUUUCAAUACCUGCAGUGGAAGAAAUCGUUCCAGAAAAUCAGGUAACAUCAGAGGAACAGGAUGUUGUUCCAGAACAGCAAGCAGUAACAUUGAAUGAGAUGGUUACCGAUGAGCAGAGAGAAACGAUACCAGAAGAAAAGGCACUUUUACCAGUGGAAGCCGCUCCGGCGGAACAAAUAGUGCAUGUGCCAAAACAAGCCGAAACAUCUGAGAUUUCAUCAAAAUUAGUUACGGAAGUCAGACCAGAGAUUGAAUCGAAUCAACCUACCAUAUGUGAUCAAACCUGUGAUAACAGUGCCUUACCGGUCAAAGAGCUGCCGAAAAAAGCACCUGCUCAAAGAGCACCCAAACGCAAGCUCAAACCAACGUUAGUUUCUCGAUCAAAGAUAAGAAAAGUUGAACCUCCAGCAGCGAUAGUCACCAAAAUCCAACCACAACCAACAAGAGUCGAAAAGUCAACGGAAGUCAACAUUGAAGAUUCCAGUGAUCCGUUCUCAGAUCGAGAUAAGCCGCCACUACCGGAUUCGGAGGAAGAGCGAAUCCAGUCUCAAAUGGAUACGAUCAACUCCAGAGUACGGGAACUAGUCAAUGAGUGGGAUUCUGAUGAAGAAGAGACAAGUAUAAAGCAACCAUUGCAGAAAUAUGCCUCGUUCGAUAACAACGGUAAUCUUCCGUGUCGCAUUUCAAAAAAUAAUGCGUUGAAACGUGCUGCGAUACUGAGCGAUCCGGUUUUGGAAGUUUCUGUUGAGGAAAGCCGCAAGGAGGAAUCACACGAAGCGAUUGAGGAUACUUCGGUGCAAGCUACAGCCAACAUCGUUAAGCCGGUAAGAGUUACCGUCCUAAAGGUGGAUUUGAUAGAACGGUCAGAGAUCGUACAAGAGCCGGUAGAACCCGCUACAAGAGAGAAGACUCCGCCGCCACCAACUGAAGCGAAGGGUCAAACCGUCGCGAAUUUGUUGAAGGACUGGGAUGAAUCACCGAUCAAACAAAAAAAGGAGAACGCUCCAGUGGUUGCUCGGGUGCUAUUAGAUAGACUCAGCUCAUCUGAGUUGAAUCAGUUGAAAUCCAAAAAGGCUCCGGAAGUGUCAGAAUCAAGUAAGAUCACGAUGGAACCAUCGAAUCAAUCACCAACGAUUGAAAGUAAGGCGAAGGAUAGUCGAGAUGAAAUAAGCGGUGACGAAUCGGAGAGAGUCGUCGCUCGUAUAUUUAUGGGCGGACUAGACAGCUCCGGAUCAUCUGGACAGCAACAAAUAGUGCCACCAGCAUCACAGAUGGCGGCUCAAAGCUCUCCAGUUUCUACUGGAAGUCCAAGCAAAUCUCGUAAAAGUGAAAACAAGAUUCCAAAUACGGCCGAAUCUCCUACCACUCGUUCGAAGUCUUCCAAGCAGACAUCUAUCAAAGAUUGGAUUCAAGGUUCUCCAACUACUGAGCCUUCGAAGCCCAUUACGGGUAGGAGGAAAGGCUUGCGUGGAAGAGCCGCAUCUGUUCUAUUUGAACCAGAGGCUAACCAAGUCACUGAAAAACAGAAACCUGCAGGCAGGAAUCUGAGAAGCCGUACUAAAUCCGUUUUUGCCGAAAAGCCACCUCUGAUGGAAGAAGAAGAACCGGUACAGCAAGAAGAUAUAUCACGACCAGUGGAGGAACCGUCUGAGGAACAGAUUGAAGUAACACCGGAAAAGCCCAGCGGAAGUCGUCCGGAGGUGAUAAAGGAAGCAGGGGGAACCGCUUGUGCGGCACGGAAAGAACAAGAAUCGAAAGAAUACUCUACUAGCACUAAACCUACGCCGAUCAUUCGGAACCGUGUUCCGAUUGCGAUAUCCUCGGAAGACGAAGAUGAUGCCCCGUUAGCCAAACGUCGCAAAGUGCUUCGCAAGAGGCGUUCCAUGAUGCGCCGUCCAAGCGCAAUCCGGGAUCUGAAUGCUAACAAACGUCUGUUCCGAGGAGGCGCAACUCUCAACAAUUCUCUCAUCGUAGAUGAUUCCAACAUGGGCGAAACUACCUUCAUCAAAAGCGAACCUCCGGAGGAGAUAGAAGAUAUUCAAGAUUACUAUGCCUCUCCGAGUGAAUCCUUUGCUGUCACAUUCCCGGAUAAUCCCUCCGAGCAACUGCUUUCUGUGGUCACUGUGCAAAACAAUCAAGUAGUGCACUCACAAGACUUCGACGCUGGAAGUCCCUUCCGGAACCAGUAUUUUGCCAAAGAUCUUAUUCAAUCGGCAGCGACUUCCACUCCUAACGCCCAAUCGCCGAUCCAGCCUCCUCCUCCCGUACAGGAUCAUGUCUUUGCCACUCCGGAACCCGUCCGUGCGGCAAAACGGAAGCGUCGUACGAAACUGGAAAUGGAAAACGAUCGAAGACUUGAAGCGAUGAAAAGGGAAGAAGAGCAGAAGCCUGAAGAGCUCAAGAAAAAGGAAGCACAACGAGGCAGAGUGUUUAAAUCCUUUACACCAGUCAAGGUGGAUGCCGUUGAUCCGAAUAUUAGCCAGUUUGAAUGCGCUUCGUGUUUCGAGCACGUUUCGCGUGAUGAUUGGGAUGCUCACUAUGCGAAGCACAGUGGUCUUACCUACCGAGUGAACGUGGAUCCUGUGGUUGACCUGAACGACGAAACAACGGCCGUGGCAAUUGUGACACGUUUCAUGAAGGCCCACCGGCAGGUGACGCUCUACUGUGACAAGUGCAAUGUGGCCAAGAAAUCGGCCCUCGGAUUAGUGUCGCAUCGGCCUGUUUGUGGCCUGACGCGGCAAGAGAUCCUAAACACCAAAAUACCGUGCCAGCAUUGUGGCCGGAAGUUGAUGCCCGUCAGUAUGAACUGUCACCUGUUGGGACAUUGCGCGGUGCUGAAGCGAAAGAAACAAGAAGAAGCUUUGGAGACGAAGCUGGAAGGAGCGUCGGCCGAUGUGGAAAUGGAACCAACAACGCUCAAUCAGCGUGGAACGGUUAAGCGCCAAGCGACCGCCAAGGCCGAGAGGCGCAUCCAGAACAUAUCGUUCAGCGAAAUGAUUCUCUCCGUCACGAAGGACAAGGUUACCGAGGGUUGUUUGGCUGCUUGGAAAACACAGUUCCGCAAGGCUAAGGUGGCGCUGUGCGUUUUUCGGACGUGUUCUUUCACUGGGACCGACGAAAUAGAAAUGCGCCACCAUCACGAGUUCUGUCCUUCGCCCUGUGAGCUACUCGAGUGCAAGAAUUGCAAGUUUCAAACGGAAAAGAUCGACCAAAUGGUGAAACAUAUCAAGCUGAAACACAACGACGUGCUGGUUUGUAUGACGAUCGAUGAUAGCAGCGGAACGGAUGCCAAGAUGACGUCGGAAUCAUCGGACGACGAGGGCGGUACGGGUGUAGACGAAAACGAUGAACCAUACAUGAUUGGCAUUGACGAUGAGGACAAGCCGAAGAAGCGAAAAAUCAAAACUCUGCUGAAAACGUGCAAAUUGUCUACCAGGGAUACGUUCAACGAGGAAAGCGACGUUUAUCGAGAGAUGAUCCUAGACGAAGUGAUCAAUCUUCGGCUGCUCAAGAGUGAGUUCCAUCUGACGGCACGCGAAUGGACAGCGGAGUUCCGACGGUUGCAUUAUUCGACCAGCAUCCUGUUUUCUGCGUUACGACCGGAUUUGGACGUCCGGUUUCUUACAUUUAACAUGACCCAGGAGUACAUCCCGAAGCAGACGCAUUCUUUGCGGUUUGUCGCUCGGAGUACGAAUCUGUACAACGCUCCCAUUCAACUGAAAGAAUACGCCAACAAGUGGCAGAACUUGGAGGUUUUUACCGGGCAGGUGAAUGAGAAGGACACGAUAUUCUUCUGUGGGGGACCCGUUGUUGCUCUAGAUUGGCUGCCAAUACCGGACGGCCAGCAUGAACAUCAGAUAGUGGCGGUGGCUUGCAAGAACGAUUUCGAAGAAUUCUACCUGGCGGAUCGCAUCAUCCCGGUGAAGUGUUUGAUUCAGAUCUGGGACGUGGGCUUACUGGACAACAAAGAAAUCUACAACAAAAAAGCGGAGAAUGCCAAACCCACCUUACUGUACUCCAUAGCGUGCGACGUUGGUCCGAUUUGGGCGUUGAAGUUCUGCCCGAGUGGAUGUUACAACUCCAAGACCUCCGGCGACGAUUACGAUCGGUUGGGCUUGCUUGCCGCGGCCGGGUCGGACGGAAAUAUUCACAUCUUUUCGCUGGGGCGCAGCUAUGAACACCUGAUCUCGAACAGUAGCCGAGUGAUCAACUUGGCUCCGGUGCUCAAGCUGACUCUGUCCUUAGCGGACCAAAGCUGUUGUUCGUCGUAUGAGUCCCAUAGUGCCGUGAAGUUGGCGUGGUCCAAGAGCAAACACCACUCGAUGUUGGCAGCGGGCUAUUCGAACGGAACGGUCGCAGUGUGGAAUGCCACGUCAACUUCGCCUCUGUUAACCGGAACGAAAGAUAACGUUCGGGCACUUCUUCCCGUUCAUAAGGUGUUCAUUCCCGAUUCGUGCGUGACCGCUGUCGAUCUUCAUUAUUCGGAAGAUUCUCGUUAUCUUUUGGUAUGUAAUGCGGACAGGAAGGUCGUUGUCUACGACCUGAACACGGGCUACAUGCCGAUGGAGAUUUGUAGUUUGAACGCCCGUAGUAAAGUUACGACGGCUUGUUGGAAUAUCCACUUCCCGCUGAUAACGAUGGCUUUCGACGAUGUGUAUGCCAUCGACCGGUGCGCUUUGACGUUCCAUCAGCCCCGUGAGAUUGGCGUGCGGUUGCAUCCGUUGUAUACUCAUACGGCGGAAGCAACUGACAUGAGCAACAGCGAUCAUCUGUCGACGCACGUGAUCGGUACCGAUGGCGGCGACGUGCUGAGCCAUAAACCGAUGGCCUUUAUUCACAACAUGGGCCAGAAGAAUCCAGCGCAGAUUAAAUAUGUUUUGACGUCAACAAUAUCGGUGAAAGUCAAUGAAGAACAGAUGGAUAACUCUUACAACAAGUUCGAGAAGAACUAUUGCGUGCUGUUUUCGGACUUCGAUAAGAACCCCGCUCGAAUGGACCUCAAAUCGCUACAGGUGAAAACGUUCCGACGUGCCCUGCUGCACGAAUACCCGGGCAUCCGGAUCAACCAGGUCAAGUGGAAUCCCAACGACAAGUCCCAUCAAUACUACGCCAUCGGGUACCAGGCUGGCUUUGUGCGUGUGCGACCCUUCCGGCUGAAGUGAGUCCGUUUCAUCUUUCAUUCUCUCUGGAAAGGGGCUAGUGUAUGUAGUUUGGAAGUGCUUUGAAUUGAAUCUGAAGGGGAAGCGAAAGUUUUUUGGUUUUACAAUAGAGACUGAUUCGGUUUAGAUUAUAGUUUAAUAUUUCGCAACAGAGAGGUGAUAUUUUAGUUUUGAUCUAAUUGCGAAUCCAUAGCAGGUGUAUACAUUUUCUUAUAGUUUUAUUAUUCGACAUUGAGGAACUCGAAAAAAGGUAAAACAUCAAGCUUCAGAAGAGUAGAAAGAUUCACACACUUGUAAUAUGUAGUAAUAUUGAGUAAUUUGUAUUACACAUACUUGAGCUAGAUACCCAGAUUUUACCGUACAGAAAAUCCGGUAUUCCAGAUUUGCUUAUUUAUUUUGUUACAUUAAGAAAGCAAACACAAAAUAAUAAUUUUACUUGCAACACAGAAA